AUGGCUGAAUUAGAACGUCCACGAAUACGUUCGGAAAAGAAACAAGUAAAAGAGAAAACUGUAAAUGAUGAAGAAUUACAAUUAGAAGAUCGUAUACGUGAUUUAAAAGAAUAUUUUACUGAAAGAAAAAAUCAAACGGCAGAUGAAACCGUGGAUAAUACCAAUGUAAAUACAGAAGAGUCUUCUACUGAUAUCGAACAAAAUCCUGCACAUUCAGAACAUAUUGUGCAAGAAAUUACAACCAACUCAGAGAUAAAUACAAAUGAAAGUACACAACAAAUUGUUAUGAAUACUGAGAAUAAUAUAAAUGAACUUCCUAUUGUAAAUAAUCAAACGACAAUUACUGAACAAAUCAACGAAACGUCUCUCACAAUCAAUGAUAACGACAACGAAAUAGUUGAAAAUAGAAUUAUAUAUGAAUCAAGUGAAGAUCAAUCUGAAAUAAGAACAACUAGUCAUUUAUCUGAAGAAAUAUCUUCAUCAAAUUUAAUUAAUUAUGAAACUUCGUCUGUUCUCUAUCCUCAUUUAUCAUUAUCAUUAUGGUCUCCAGCAACAGCACCAUUAUCUUCAUUUGAUAUUGAAACAAAUACAACAAUAAAUGAUCCAUAUUCAUUAGAAAAUUUUAAUCCAUCUCGUCUUCAAUAUGAAUUACGUCAAACAUAUUUACCAUAUAUAAAUAUAACAGAUGAAUAUUUUCUUAGUGAACAUGAAAGUUUUAUAACAGAUAAUCCACGUCAUCGUUCAUUAAUAACAAAAGAUGAAAAUGAUCUAAAACAUGGAAAUGAUGAUGAUGAUGAAUUUUAUUUUUUAAUAUCAUCAUUUUAUGAUAUACGUACUAAAAUCGAUCAAUUAACAAAUGAAUAUGAUGUAUUACAACGAAAAAUUGCAUCUUUAUUACCACAUGUAUGGUCAUUUUCAUGUGAAAAAAUUGAAUCUGGUUCAUAUUGUGGUGAUAAUGUUUAUUUAAAACGUUCAAUACUUUAUGAACAAGCAAAUUUUGAUAGAAAUUUAGCUAAAGAAAUUGAAGAUACAUUAAAAAAUUUACGUACAAUUAUAUAUCAACAAUAUGUUGCAUUAAAAUAUGAAACAUUAUGGUAUAAAAUGAAAAUUGAUAUAUAUAUUUAUAAUUUAAUAUCAUUAAAUAAACCAACAAAAAAAUUAUUACAUACAAUUGAAAUUUUAUUUAAUUUUCAACGUUAUCGUACACGUGAUAAUUUAUUUUAUACAUAUACAAGACAAUUAUUAAAACAAACAAUUGAUAUUAUUUAUAAUUAUGGAAAUUAUAAUGAAACAUUAUUUAUUAUUAAUCAUGUACUUCGUUGUCCACCUGGUAUAAAUCAAUGGGCAACAAAUUUUGUUAGAUUUCUAUUACCAAUAUCAUUUGAUAUUCUUUGUUCACCUAUGUAUAUACGUUAUGUUGCACAUUUUCUUGCUACACUUUUAUUUCCAAUUAAAAAUCGUGAUAUAUUUUUACAAAAUUGGCUAGGUGAAAAUGGUGAAACAGUACCACAAUUAUCAUCAUUAAAUACAGUUAAAAAUCAACAACAACAACAGUGGAUGUUAAUUGAUGCUGAUGGACAUGAACGUGCAGCAUUAUUGAGAUGGGAUACAUUAAAUGAAGAUGAUUUAAUUGCUUUAUUAAAUCAAUUUAAUUUAAAUUAUUUAAUGAACAUACUUUUUAGUUUAAAUGAUCAAACAAAUCAAGAACAAAAUAUAUCAUAUGAAAAUACUGUACGAAUAUUAGCAAUAUUGGAUUUAUUUGUUGAAAUACUUUGUCGUGGUUUUGAUACUUAUGCUGAUUCACAAUAUAAAAAUUUUCAUAAACAUAUUGGAAAAAUGAUUAGAGAUUGUGUUCAUGUAUGUCGAUAUCAUGUCGAUUGUGUACUUCAACAUUUAGAUAAUGAUGAUAAAAUUCGUUUAAGAGAUCAUUAUUUUGCUUAUAUUUAUCGAUCAGUAGAAAAUAUAAUUCGACAAUGCAGAAAUGUUCGUUGGAGUUUAUUAUCAUUAUUUGCACUUUUUGAUCUUCCACAAUCAUUACAAUAUCGUUUACUUCAUCUUAUUUGUUCAAUACCAGAUGAUGAAUCAAUAACAGUUGAAACAACUGCAGCUAUUGAUCAAAUGUUAAAUUCUGCAACACCAAGUGAAAUUUUAUCACUUCUUAAAGUUCUUCAUAAUUUAGGUCAAACAGGUGAUGAAUCUGGUCAAAUAUCAAAUGUUAUUUUUUAUAUAACAUGUCUUCAUCCAAUAUCACGUGAAUAUUCAUUACGUGAUGGUCGUUCAAUAUUAGCACAUUUUGCUUCAUUACGACCAACAAUAAUAAGUCAUUUAUUAAAAUUAGCAUCAACACAUAUUGAUGCUGUUGGAAAAGUUUUAUUUGGUUUAUUUCGUUCAUUACCAAUGGAUAUAUGGAUGCCAAAUGAUAAUGAUUUAUCAAUAAUUGAAAUAUGGCUUAAUGAUAUAUCACAAUCAACAAUUGCAUUUCAAUUAGCAUUACGUUUAAUUGAUACAAUGAAUUGGCAAGAUUUAUCUGAUAAACGACAACUUUGUAUAUCAUAUACAAUACAUUGUGAAAUGGCGUUAAUAUUAUUAAAAUUACAUUUAAAAUAUUGUGAUAAAUCAUCGGCAUCAAAAGAAAAUCAAUUACAAAUUCAAAAUUUUACAAAACAAACACAAAUUAAUCUUGAUCAAUGGAUAUGGGCAGCUGUUUUACGUUUACAACUUAAUCAAUCUUGUCUUUCAGUAGAUUCAUUUAUUGAUAGUAUGAGUCAAGAACAUGUACCUAAUUUAAAUGAAACUCAACGUAAUAUUUCAACUGAUAAUGGAAUGUCCGAUGAUGCUAUUAAUGAUAUUCGACGUGCUAUUGAACAGUAUCAUAAUCUAGUUGCAUAUUAUAUAUCAUUUGGUCUUGAUCAACCAGGUGCUAGUGCUGCUGGUUUCUUUGAAAGAGGUAUUGAUUAUUUAUUUCAACUUGUACAAAAUGGCAAAUAUUCCGCAGCUAUUCGAGUUCUUCAUGAUAUGUCUGGAAUUUUAAUACGUAGUGCCGAUUAUUUAAUUGAACAUAUUCAAUUUAUGACAACAUUAAAAACAUUAUUAAAUGCAUCUGAUACAUCAAUGUCUUUAUUAAAAACAGCAUCAUCAUAUCUUAUUCAACAAAGAUCUUAUGAUGAAACAACAAAUACAAAAGUAUUAACAGCUGCUAUACUUGAUUUACUUAUUUGGCUUGAAGAUAAUCCAAAAUUUCGACGUUUAGUUUUAUUACUUUGGUUUAAAUUAUUAACUGCAUUAAAAGAUUGGAAUAAAGAUAGUUCAAUUCUAUUCGCUCUUGAUAAUCUUCUGGCACAUUCAUUUGUACAUGAUGUCAUGAAUAAAGAAGUUACUGAUCAUUUAUUCGAAUUGGCUGUCUCGGCAUUAAAUCCAAGACAAAAUCAACUAGUAACACGUUCAGGUUUUCUAUCAUGGAUACCAUUACCAUCAGCUGUAACUUCGACUCAAACAUAUUGGUCAUCAUUAUCGAUUGAUUCUUCCUUUUUAUCUCGUUAUCCCAUAGUUAGUUAUUAUUUUUUAAAUGCUGAAAAUUCAUUUGAAAUCGAUCAAAAUGUUCUUGUUGAAUUAAAAGCUGAACUUGAAUUAAAUCCAACUGGUAAAGUUGAUCAAAUUUGGAAGAAAUUAAUCCAACAACGUCAUUAUCCAUAUAUUCCCUUAACAAGUUUAUCAAUCUAUCGUUGGGGUACAAUGGCAUGUGAAAUGCCAGUAACUCAUCCAUUAUUACCACUUGUUUGGGAAAAAUUUUUUACAAUUUAUUUAUCUAAACAUAAUAAUUGUCUUCAUCGUGUUGGUUAUCGUUUAUUUGAAAGUCCAGUUCAAACAACAUUUCUUAAACAAAUGAAACGUUCAUUAUGUCAAGCAUGUGAAUAUUAUUCUUCAACACCAAAUUUACCAUAUGGAAAUCAAUUAUCAACAUUUUAUCAUUCAUUAUCAUUAUGGAUUGAUGAACCACGUUUACAUGAUCCACAAUUAAAUAUUAUUUCAUUACCAAAACAAUAUGAUAAUGAACGUUUAGAACAUUUAUUUAAUGCUGAUUAUCGUAUAUUUGAUAUAAAAUGGCUUGAAUUAGUUGAUUUAAGACAAAUGUAUGAAACAUUAAUUAAAUUUACAAAUGAAUUAUGGUCAAGAAAACGAGCAAUUAAUGAUAAUAAUAAUAAUCAACGUUCAAAUACAAAUCCACAACGAUCAAUAAUGACAUCAUCACAAAGAUUAAUUGAUCUUGUUUCAAAUGUUCAACAUCCAGCAAUAAAUUCAAAAAUAACUGUACAAAAUACAGAACAAAUAUCUAUACCUAAUCAACAUAUAUUACCAAAUGAUCAUAAUGAAAUAAAAAAUUUAUUUGAAUCUGAUUUAACAAAAAUAAUUAAUUGGUUAGAAACACAUUGUCAACGGCAUGAAAAACAAAUUGAACUUGAUCAAACAUUAAUGAGUUUAUUACCUUUAUUAUGGAAAAAUGAAUUUCAAGAGGUGAGAAAAUUUUUCACAAUUAGAGUCUUAUUGGAAAUUCGAGAUCGACACAUUUUGAAAAUAAAACUGAACCGCACAAAAAGGAUUCAAAAUUCAAUAAAAUUUUGUUCCGUUGAACUCUGA